GACUUCCAGCUGAACAGGGUGGCAAUGGAGGAGGGGGCGGGGGCGGAGCCGUCUCCCGCCGGCGCCAGACCAAAAAAGAAGAACAGAAAGACCUACGACCUCACUGCUGCCGACAGGUUCUGGCAGAAACACAAGGGCAGUCCGUUCCCAGAGGUGGCGGAGUCGGUCCAGGAGGAGUUGGAUACUUACAGAGCCCAGGAGGACGAAGUCAAACGCCUGAAGAGCAUCAUGGGUUUAGAGGGAGAGGAUGAAGGAGCCAUCAGCAUGCUGUCAGACAACACCGCCAAGCUCACCUCUGCUGUCAGCUCUCUGCCUGAGCUGCUGGAGAAGAAAAGACUGAUCGACUUGCACACCAACGUCGCCACGGCCGUCCUCGACCACAUCAAGAGUCGUAAACUGGAUGUUUACUUUGAGUAUGAAGAGAAACUGAUGAGCAAGUCGACUUUAGACAAAUCACUGCUGGACAUCAUCAGCGACCCAGAUGCCGGCACCCCAGAAGACAAAAUGAGACUUUUCCUCAUCUACUACAUCGCUGCUCUGCAGGCUCCGUCAGAGUCGGACCUGGAGCAGUAUAAGACGGCUCUGUUAGACGCAGGCUGUGACCUUUCACCUCUCAACUACAUCAAACAGUGGAAGGCGUUUACCAAGAUGGCCGCCACCCCGGCCAACUACGGCAACAGCGGAGUGAAACCCAUGGGGCUGUUUUCCAGAGUGAUGAAUACUGGAUCCCAGUUCGUCAUGGAGGGAGUGAAGAACCUGGUGCUCAAACAGCAUAACCUUCCGGUCACUCGGAUCCUCGACAACCUGAUGGAGAUGAAGUCGAAUCCUGAAACAGACGACUAUCGGUACUUCGACCCGAAGAUGCUGCGAGGCAGCGAGAGCUCCAUUCCCAGGAACAAGAACCCGUUUCAGGAGGCCAUCGUGUUCGUGGUCGGAGGAGGAAACUACAUCGAGUACCAGAACCUGGUGGAUUACGCCAAGGUCAAACAGGGGAAGAAAGUUGUUUACGGCUGCAGUGAACUCUUCAACGCCGCUCAGUUCAUCAAACAGCUCUCCCAACUGGGCCAAAAGUGACGUGGACACCAACAAUAUGUGAACCUCUCUCUCUCUCUCUCUCGAGGUCGUAGCUGAUCUCUUUAUUCCAGUUGUUUUAUAUCGAACUCUGUUCUGUAAAUUGAUUAAACGUUUCCUGUCUUCACUGUAAUUUCUGUCUCUUCCAGUCAGCACUAAUAAAUCUAAACGGUCUCAGCUCA